GAACACACAUCUAAUCAUACAAGCAGAUAUAUCAACUCCUUUGAGUCUAAUAUCCAUAUAUUUCUUCCACUUAAACACAGCUAAAAUAUCAUCCUACAAAUCUCUGCACAUCUCCAUUUUGUAUGUAAUUAUUAAUCAAUCUCUUUCCCGACCGCCAUUUCCACAAUUCAAAGCUUCGGUCUCAACAUCAACUGUUCUCUCUUUUUCCAAUUUUCAGGUGCGGGCUGUCUACAUGAAUAACGAGGUAAUAUACCUCUGAAGGUUCUUCACUUCCUAUUAUCGUAGUUUUGAGUGAAAUGACAGAAGCUGAUAGUGAAAUUAUAAAACCAGAGAUGCUAAAGGCGUAUGUGUGGCUUCAAACUUCUGAUGGUUCGAUACAGCAAGUAGAGCAAGAAGUGGCCAUGUAUUGCCCAUUUAUAUCUCAAGAAAUACAUGCUGGCAUGGGAUCUUCCAAGAAUUAUCCCAUCUCUCUUCCUUCACGUGUCAAUCCUUCCAUGCUGAGCUUGAUACUUGAUUACUGCCGAUUCCAUCAAGUGCCAGGACAUUCCAACAAGGAGAGGAAGUCAUUCGAUGAGAAGUUUGUUCGAAUGGAUACUAAAAGGCUUUGUGAACUGACAUCUGCUGCUGACAGCCUACAGCUGAAGUCACUGGUUGAUCUCACUAGUCGGGCUCUUGCACGGGUAAUUGAAGGGAAGACUCCAGAAGAGAUCCGAGAGAUAUUUCAUCUCCCUGAUGAUCUUACAGAGGAGGAAAAGUUGGAACCUAUCAAAAAUACCAUGGAUGAUCCGAGGAUUCGGCUAUUGAAUAGAUUGUAUGCUAGGAAGAGGAAAGAAUUAAAAGAAAGAGAGAGGUUGAAGAAUGUUGGGAUCGAAGAUGAGCGUGGGGAUGAGCGUUCAGUCGAUGACUUGUUAUCAUUUAUUAAUGGAGGUGGUGAAGAUUUUAAGGGGACCAAAACUUCUAAGAAUAAAAAGAAGAGCCGUAAAAGGAAAGAUCUCAAGAACACUUCUUCAAACUGCACGAGUACUUCAAACAAUACCUCUUCUUUAAGCAAUGAUGUAGAUGUGAACAAGAAGGAAACAAAUGAGCUUCAUUCCGAGUCUGGUAAUCCUUCAUUGCAUAACAAGCUUUUUAAUGAUGUUUGUAAUGUAACUAAGUUGCUCGACAUUGAAGAUGAUGGAUUAGCAGCUGAAGAUGAGUUUGAUGGGAUUGAUCCUUUAUUAAAAGAAAAACUUGAUAGGGAAGUACAAGACUUUGCGAGAAGGUUAAAUUCAGAUUGGCCAGAAAUAAUGCAAGAUAUUCUUUCUCGGAGUCAGGAGAGAAGACCAUUACCAUUAUCAGUUAAUAAAAAUGGUUCCUUGAGGAGAUAUACAAGAAUCUGUGGCAAUAAAAUCUUGCACGUCAAGCAAAAUAUAGCCGCUUAUAUGAUUUGUAUCUCUUGCUCAGAUCAGCCCCACAAAUGAUACCCCGGAAACACCUUUGAACUUCAAAGUGGACAACUGACCAGAUAAGAGAAAAUGGUUGGCACGCGACAGACACAGGUUGGUUUUGGCGAUCGAGCUUUGACAUCAGAAUGGGAUUGACAUUCAAGUUCAUUGGGAAAUUUUUUGACAUCGUUUGACAUUUGAGUUGACCUUGACAGCAAACAAUAAGGGAAAGGACGCGCUUUCAAGAUGCCGAUACCAGCCAAUUUUGAUUCUCACCAUCUUAUUUCUUGGUUUCUUCCCUUUUCUUCAUUUUCUAGUUGACCUACUACUGACUGUUGGUUGUCAUAAUUUUAUCUCUUGUUGUAUAAAUCAUUUUGGAUAAGAGAUCAUAAUGCUGGGAAGUCAACAGCCAACUGAGUUGAAGUGUUGUAAAUGCAGGUUUGAUGGUUUCUUUAAUUAUUGAAAGGUAAAUCCUUUUUGGAUUCA